ACUAUUUAAAAAAACAUAAACGAUUUUUAUUAUUGUUAGUGUGUUGUUGAAAUCACAUUACAGACAUAUUACUAAGGAAACAAAGCGACCAGUGUGCAGGCCUAAAACAAUAGUCAUCUGGCACAAGUCGUAAUUUGCCAAAACUAAAGUGGUGUUGUUGUGUGAGUAGGUCUAUUUUUUCUUUUCAAGAAAAAAACGGUUUGGGUUCCAUGAGUACUUUUUUCCUAAAAAAGUUUCGUAAAGAAAGUACAGAGGACAUUGAAAUUGCCAACAUUGAUUCUCAUGGGUCAAAACAAAACAAAUGGUUUAUGAAAGGGGACGUAGUUAACAAAAUUGUGAAUGCUGGAAAUUUCGUUAAUCUUCCAGAAUGUUCUCCGACUCAAGUUCAUUUUGAAAAUAUACUGUAUGAUGUUGUUUUGGAAAAUCCAACACCUUUAUCGUAUUGUUUGUACAAAACGAAAUCUUUAGUUACUCAGUUCCUGAGUCGAGAAUCAGCGAAAGAAACACCACCUUUAGUGAAAACAAAACGAAUUUUAUUUGGAUUAUCUGGAACUAUUAAAAGCGGAAGAUUAGUUGCAUUAGUAGGAGCGUCUGGUGCUGGAAAAUCUACGUUUUUGAAUAUUUUGAGCGGACGCUUGCUUCCAACAGGAGGAAGUGUUCAAUUUAAUGAGCAUCCUUUAACCAAAAAUGUGGUUUAUGGAAAUUCAGCUUACGUUCAACAGGAAGAUCUUUUUCUAAAAAAUCUAACCGUAGCAGAACAUUUAUUUUUUCAAUUGAAACUACGACUAGGAAAAGAAACUACACCAGAGCUGUACCCCUUAUCACUGAAUGUAUUAUUAAGUCAUCUUGGUUUACAAAAGUGCAGUAAGAAUUUCAUAUCGGGUCGAUCUAGCGAAUUGGGUGGCAUUUCCGGUGGUGAAAAAAAACGUUUAAAUAUAGCGUCCGAAUUAUGCCACUUUCCUAAUGUUUUAUUUGCUGAUGAACCCACAACAGGUUUGGAUUUUUCAAUGGCAAGAUCUGUGGUAUCAAAACUUCGACAUUUGGCCAAUUCAGGCCGUACAAUCAUUUCAUCCAUUCAUCAGCCAAGUUCAGAAGUUUUCGAAAUGUUUGAUGAUGUUGUGCUCUUAGCUGAAGGUCAAUUGCUCUAUAUGGGGCCAAGGUUAGGGUGCAUUGCAUGGUUAGGAAAACUAGGUUGUACCUGUCCAGCAUAUUACAAUGCAGCUGAUUUCAUUAUUAAGACAACAACAGUUUCAAAUGAUGCGCUGCGACGGGAACAAAAAAUUAAGCAAAUUAACGAGUGGGCUCGAUUGUGGGCUGAAGAAGGAGAGCAAUUUCAAGAACAUUGGAAAGAAAGUGAAAACACGAUGCUCAGAAAAAUGACAACGUUCACUGAACUUCAAUACAAAACAUUAGGAUCGGAUGUAGAGAAGAAUUCGCAAAAAUCUAACAGGAAGAGUAGAGCAGAAGAAGAAGAACAGAUAACAAGUGUAUUAAAGCCAGUAUAUGAUGACUCAAAAGAACUGAUAAUGGUCAAGUCCUUCAUUCAAAAAAGUCAUAGAAUGGAUGGUAGUGGUUCACAUGAAAUGCUAGGAUGGUGGACUCAGUUGCGCAUUUUAUGUAAACGGGCCAUGUACGAUAAUUUUCGAGAUACAUCUCAGCUCACGUCGCGAGUACUGCAAUCAAUCGCUCUCGGUUUGGUGAUGGGUCUUCUUUUUUUUGGGUUAGAAUGGACGUACGCCGAUUCAGUCAGUCGAGUCUCAGCAUCUUAUAUGAUUAUUGUAAAUCAAUCUAUGGGUGGUGCAUUCGCAGUGAUUAAUACUUUUUGUUAUGAAAAACCUGUCAUUUAUCGAGAGUAUCAAGCUGGAUUGAUUAGUCCAUCUGCUUAUUUUUUUGGAAAAAUGUUAGCUGAUGCUGUUAUGCAACUUAUUUAUCCGUUAAUUUUUGGAACAUUGGCAUUUUGGCUGGCUAAUCUCGGCUCAGAGUUUCUUGUGUAUAUCCGUUUUACCCUUUUUCUUAUAAUAUCUUCCAAUUCAGCGGCUUCCAUUGGGUAUUUGGCAUCAUCUCUUACAAUGGUGCCUGAAGUAGCGAGUGUGAUUUGUAAUCUAAUAUCUAUUCCUAUGUCCAUGUUUGGGGGAUUUCUCAUUAAUUUAGAUGAUACAAAAAGUUACUUAUCAUGGAUUCAACAUAUUUCGUAUUUGAAGCAUGGAUUUUUUGGAGGUCUUCGUGAACUGUUUCGAAAUCAAGAAAUUUGUUGUGUUGGAGGAAAACCUCUAAAUGGAUUAGAGUUUAUAAAAAAUCAUCUUACUGUAAAUGAUGUUUCCUUUUUCACGAGCAUUUUCUUAUUUCUACUAGUUUUUAUCAUGUACCGAACAAUCGCUAUUGUAGGAGGCUCUUUAGCUAUGAUUUUUUAUUCAGAAAAUAAGUCCAAAUAAAAUGUUUGGGUUUCAUUUUUCAACAUGAACACUCUCUCACGUUUCUACUAUACAAUACAUGAGGCCUACCGUAAUGAUAAUCGUGGAGUUUGAUGAUUCGUGACGCUGUUUGCGUCAUUUGUCUUUUACGACUCUGUCAUUAAAUAUAUAAGAUUAUAAAAGUAAAAGCUUUUUCUAAAACUUUUAAUUUUUUGAAAAGUAGAAUAUUUUUUUUUUGUGCAAAAGAACGUGUUUUACAAAUUAGUACAAACAAAUGAAAAGAUUAUUUAAAAUAAUAAAAAUAAUGUUUUCUUUUAUUUAUACAAAGAUACCGUCACUUGACAAAUCUUUUUAUGUUUUUACCCAUUUCGUUAUUUAAAUUUUAAAGUGGUGAAAAAACGGAAACAUCAGGGAAACUGGAUAUUUGUUCAUUUUUUGCGCUGGAAAUACCAUAUGAUUUUUCGAGAUUUGUAAAAUACGUCGCUAGAAACGAAAUUCUUGUGUUUUUUUCUCCAUCAACGUCUUAAUUUGAUAAUAUUUUUUUAAUAAAAAAUGAACAUACGAACCUUUCAAAAAAC